UAAGCAAUUUUUCCUUGACUCAGCAUUGAGUAAAUAAAUUGCUUAAGUGAAUCAUGUGAAGACAAUGGUAGUCAACCAAUAUGGUAUUUUGCCCCUAAAUGUCUUUUUUUAUACAGAUUCAUUUUGAUAAUUUUGUUUAUAGAUCGAAAUGGCUUCAGGGCGGCAUCGUGGCAUCGGAAAAGUCUAUUUGAUGAGGGCGAGGGGAAAUAACUUCAAAGUUGGAAGCUCAAGAAAACCUAGACGACGACUUCAACAAAUAAGGAGAACGAGACCAAGCACUACAUUGAAAAGGUCGUUCUCAGCCUGGGAAAUGAACGGAGCAGAAUCAGCGGCUCAUGAAGCCUUGCACAGAAAGGGCUUCAAGAGGGUCAAAAAGGGGCCAACAGAAUGGUUUAGAAAGAAACCGUCUAGCUCAUGGGCGAAAACGGAAAGAACGGUGCAAAAUGCUGUGUAUAGACACAACAGAAAAACGAGGAAUUAUUUGGCAUGCCUUUUGAAUCUUUUGCUGUGAGAGCAAUGAGUGCGAACUAUCAGAAUUGACUGUUCACUAUAUUGUUUGAAGCUAUAAAAAUGUUUUAAAUUGUUUUAUUUGUUUAUUGAGACCCUUGUGGUCAAAGGAAAUCUCAGUUGUUCAGUGCAGAA